AUGCGGGAUUGGGCGCUGUCACUUAACUCGCAAUGUUUCUUGCGUUUGCAGGUGAACGCGACCGAAGAAGAGCCCAAGAGGCGAUCAGCACGACUGUCAGCUAAACCUGCUCCUGCCAAAGUUGAAACAAAGCCAAAAAAGGUAGCUUCAAAGGAUAAGUCUGAAGGAAAGAAAGCCCAAAUCAAAGGGAAAAGGGGAUUAAAGGGGAAACAAGCUGCAGCGAUUAACAAAGACGAAGUAAAGGAUUACUUGCCUACAGAAAAUGGAGAAGCAAAAAGUGAUGAGGUCCCAGUAUCUGAGGCAACAGGAGAGAAAGAAGCAAAAUCUGAGUAACAGCUUGUACAAAGUCUUUAAUCAGUGGUUCUUGUACCGCCAUCUUGUACAAUUCAGAGGAAUAUUUUUAUCAACUAUUUUGUAAAUGCAAGUUUUUUAGUGGUUUUAGAAAAUACAUUUUUAAACAUGAGGGGAUCCUCCCCAUAUCCCACUUACUG